UUUCGAACAAAAAGUUUGGUCCAACGACUCAGAAAUCAGCAAAGCAGCAAAGAUGAAUGUUAUGAAUCGAAAACAGAUCCGCCAACGGCGAGACUACCUAUACCGACGAGCUGUAACUCUGCGGGAUGCUGAGAUUGCAGAGAAACGAUCCAAGCUGCGAGCUUCUUUGGCAUCCGGAAAGUCAUUGGACCCCGCGAUUGCGAACGACAAGAAGCUCCGAGAAGACUACAAAUACGAUGAAUCCAAAGCAGACCGGACGGCGAACGAAGAACUCGACCUGGAUGACGAGUAUGCACAGCUAUCAGGCAUCGUAGACCCUCGAGUCUUGGUCACCACUUCACGCGACCCUUCGACACGAUUGUCUGCUUUUGCGAAGGAGAUUCGAUUAUUGCUACCAACUUCCAUACGUCUGAAUCGAGGAAAUUUGAUUCUGCCCAACCUCGUUCAAUCGGCACAAGCAUCGGGGCUUUCAGAUAUUCUUCUGCUACAUGAACACCGAGGUGUUCCAACCGCUCUUACACUGUCACAUUUCCCACAUGGUCCAACCGUCUCCUUCUCCCUCCACAAUGUCGUCCUACGCCAUGAUAUUCCAAAUAGCUCGAGAGGGACAGUUAGCGAGUCAUAUCCACAUCUGAUAUUUGAAGGCUUCACUUCCAAGCUGGGACUUCGAAUUGUUAAGGUUUUGAAGCACAUCUUUCCCCCAAGAGAAGCAAUCACCAACAAAACGAAACUUGGGAGCAGAGUCGUCACAUUCAAGAAUAUUGAAGAUAGCAUCGAGGUACGACAUCACGUCUUCGUAAAGACAGGGUAUCAAAGUGUUGAAUUAGCCGAGGUUGGACCACGAAUGACAAUGAGAUGUUUCGAGAUCAGAGGUGGGACAUUGGAGAAUAAGGAUGGUGAUGUUGAGUGGCGCCUGAACCAGUACACGAGGACGAGUAGGAAGAAGGAUUAUCUGUGAAGCAUGAGCCUCAAAAAUUGAUUUCAAUUUCUCCAGCUCUGCGCCAUUGCAUCCAGAAUGCUUCAGGAUCAAGUCCGACCAUCGUGAAGAAGAUCAAUACACCCCGAAUUGAGUGUUUGACCCAAGGCCAAGUCUGUGUUGCCAGAAGAGUGCGAUAGGUUUCGUCUGAGAUGCCACGAAGGAGUUGGCUUGGGACGGAGAAUGGCAUGCUUAUCAUCCUCUCACAUCUUCUCCAUUUUUUGGUCGCCCCGAAAACCUCCAGGUCUUCUAUUUGUCAUAUCCAUUGUCUGAUACGUUUGGAACAUCGUCCCAGCAGGUAAUGCAAGUCUCACUCGAGCAUAUUCUGAUACUUCUCCCUCUCUUCAUGACUCCUGUCAUGGUGCUUCACUUGCGGGGGAAAAGCACUCCAAUACAGCCUUACCUUCACUUUCAUCCACCCCUC